UUUUCCCGGGAUUGGCAGCGUUCGGACAGGUUGGUGAGGAGCAGUCAGUUCAGUCUUGAAUCAGCUUUUGUGCGGGAAGAAGUGACUGUGUCGAACUCUGUCACGCACAAAUGCAUCCGAGUGUAUAGUGUUUACUGAAGCGUGAGAAGUGUAUCCCCUCGUGUGGGUGUGGCCUGGAAACAACACCCAACACACAUCACCAACGCAAGCUACACCGCGCCACACACGUCACUCCCAUUGCCUGCUGCGUGUAUGGUGCGCGGGGGUGAUGAUGAGGCGUGUGACGGGCUGAGCAGGCUAGACCACCACCCAAACCUCGUCCCAAGACCACCCUAAGCUCACACCAGUCCAGCAUGAAGUGGCGCAAGACCCAGCCCCUUCGACCCUCCCGUUCACCAGCAGCGCGAGGGGCCUGGCCAAGACAGCUGCACCAUGAGGGGGACGAGCUGCCCCUCGUGUCCUCCCCCCGCCUCGCCUCUCCUCCUCUGCUUCCUCCUCGCUCUCCUCCACGCACCUCUCCGCCCUCGAGGACUCCUCCACCUCCACCUCGGUCUCCAGGAAAGACCCGCCGAGGACUGUGUCUCUCACGGCGCUGUCCUUCGCCCCUCCCACCCCGGGCCCUGGCGAGGCGACUCCUGGCAGCCCUGGUGACGCCGCGGCCUCAGGGACUCCCCCGGCGCCCACCACCAGAGUCAGCAUCCCUAGUGAACCCCCGACGCCACGCAGAAGUGAGUCGGGGAACCCCAGGCCCGCCUCCGCCACCAUGGUUCAGGUCUCGUCAAGUCCCACCAGACAAGUCCCCGUCAGGCCGGUCUCCGCGGCGGCCAUCGCUACCCACCACCACUCAGUCUCCGCCCCGCAGUCAGCCGUGUCUAGUCCUCGGAAGACGUCAGCGGGACAGCAAAGAACUACCGUCAGCACGGACAAAAUUCCCGUCAGUCCCGCUAGAGUACCCUCGUCUAGCCCCCAGAGAAUACGACUCAGCACGCAGGAGCCAGUCAGCUACCAGUCAGCGCCAGGCAGCCCCGCCAAGAUCUCCGUGACCUCAGGCAAGGGCAACCAUCUCCCCCAGGAAGCGCCAGGUGACGGCGGCGACAAAGGCGUGGUGGUGGUGGUCAACGGCGGCGUCACUGCCAACGGUCAAAGCAGGUCGCCAGGCCACCACAGGGUCAGCACCACCAUACCUGUGGGCGAGUGCAGCAGCAGUACCAGCAGCAUUUGUGGCGACACUGUGGCGGCAACACCCCAGCAGGCAGCCCACGUCAAGGCCAGUCCCGCCAAGAAGCCCGCGCCCCGCAGCCCCGGCGUGACGGGUGAGGGCAAGCGAGCCACCCACGAGAAGAACAAGUCCGUCACCAUCGUGGUGAACGACCAGCAGGUCGCUUACACCUCAAGCAACGGUGUGGCGAACGGCGGUGUGCACCCUGACGCGACGGGCCACGGGGACCAGGCGCGGCCCUCCUCGGCGGCGUCCAUGCAACCCGGCAGCAAGGCGGACCCGGACAUGCAGGUGCGGCCGCUAGUAGGGUGGUGGGGCGGCGAGAGCGGCAGCGCUGGCUCCGUUUUGGAAGACACCGCCUCCUCUGACGACUGCCACCGCUCCACCCUCACGCUGGUCCACUCCCCGGCCCGCACCCUGUCCCGAGCAGUGUCUGUCAUACUUUACCUGAGCGGCGAGGCUGGCGACGCUGUGGUGGGCGAGGACAGCGGCGAGGCGUGGAGUGGCGGGGUGACGGGCCUCUGCGGCGUGGCUCUCCUGCUGGGCGCCGCCGUCUGGUUACGCCUCCCCGGCCUUCUCUAUGAGUUUGGCGCAGGAAGCUUUCUGGCGGCGUGGUGCGGGGCGGUGGUGGUGGUGGCGGCCCCCUUAGCUCUUCUGGAGGCAAGCCUGGCGCAGUUUAGCAGCUCGGCAGCCAUCGCCCUGUGGCGCCUCAUCCCCAUUGCUAGAGGCAUAGGCUGGUCUACUGUAGUGGUGUGUGUGUACUGGGCGGCGGUGGUACUGGGUCUUGUAGCGCCCCUGCUCCACUACCUUCUCCUUGCCCUCAACCCAGCACUUCUAGUGGGCACAGUUCAUGAGUGCUGCAGUGCCUCACCAAACAACACCAGCACUGGGGACUGGGUGCUGCACUAUCACAGGUUAUGUGUGUACCAGCUCCCAGACGAGUGGCAAUCUGGUCUACAUUUGACCUUCUCAUGGCCCCUCCCAGCUUGCAUGGCAGCGGCUGCCCUUAUUGCCACUAUCAUGGGUGUGUGUGGAGGACGGACACUUGCUGGGCUCAUGGCUGGUGCCUCAACUUUCGCCCUCACAGGAUUAACUCUCCAGGCUACACUGGCAGUGGUGGAGACGCUGCGUCGAGAUGAGGUGGCUCUGUGGGAGAUGGCACGGCCCUUCCUCACCCCUCACCCACACACUCUCCUCCAGCCCAGGGUGUGGUGUGCAGCAAUGGCUCAAGUGCUGCUCUCCCUGGGCCUUGGCGUGGGGCUUCUUAUGAGCUUCUCCUCCCGGGCCUCCUUCAGAUUCUCCCUCAGAAGGCACUUGUUUGGCCUGGUGGUGCUUGUUGCAGUGGUGACAGCAGUGGUGUCCAUGGUGAGUGUGUUGCAGCUCACCAUACUGGCCAGGGACCGUGGGGUGACGCUGGACCGUGCUCUUGACCACCACAGGGAGAAGGUGAAUGAAACAGGAGUGGUGGGUGUGGAACUUGGCAGGACUGGUCAGGGUGUAGCAGGUGUGGGCAUGAGUGUGAGUGCUGCUGUUGUCACCACCACGCAUCUCAUCAGCCUGGUGAACUUCUCCUUCCCGUGGCUCAAGCAGCUGGUUGCCACACUUAUUUAUAUUGGUCUGUGGUGCAGCGGACUGACUACUGUGGCGGCCUGUGUGCACACCCUCAUCACCUCACUGCGGGAUGCCUGGGACUGCCUGCCUCGCCUGGUGGCGGCUCUGCUGGUGGCUCCUGUACUAGUGGGGGCAGCUGUUCUCACUACCACAAUGAGUGGCGCAGCAGUGAUUGAUCUGAUGGAUAGAGACGUGCUAUUCCUGAUGGUUCUGUGUCCGCCCUUCACACUCACCCUGGCCGUCACUGCAAUAUAUGAAGAGGAAAUAACAAGUGAGAGUGACUUACCAAUCCCAACCACCACAGGGAUCCACAAGUUGAGGAAGGACUUCACCUUCAUGUUGGAGUCUGCUGUGAGCUGGCUGUGGGCACCUGUGUGGGGCGUUGUGCUUCCCUUGACCCUCCUGGGUGUGGUGGUGUGGCUGAAUGUGAUGGAAGGUAAAGCCAUAGUGGUGGCAGAGGGUCCAAUGUGGAGGAUAGCAGCAGUGUGGGGCCUGAGAUUACUGGCAGUUCUGCCGAUCCCCAUCACUGCCAUCUAUGUGGUCAAGUCUCAGCUGGCAUAUGGUGUUGUAGAUAAAGUGGCAUCAUCACUGCAGUCAUCCCGGGAGUGGGGAGACUGGGGCCCCCAAGAUCCCAUUGAACACCACAACUGGCGGCGGUGGAGGGAAGACGAGACUCGGCCCAUCACCACCCUGAAGCGUCGUCUGGCCAGCCGCCCGCUCACCUACACCCACUCCACCCUGAGCAGCGAGUCUUCCUCCACCCUCACCAGGCUCAGGAACAAAUACCAGAGGAAUGGUGCUGCUAGUGUUCUCUGAAACAAGUACUAUUGCCCCACCACAACUUGGGGCAACACUCGAGAGCCGGUCAAGCAAACUCACCUGUCUGUGCUGACAGGUCACCACCUCUCUUGAAGAAUGAAUAGGCAACACCUGGUGUCCCUAGGAGGAGUUAUUUUCAUGAUACUGCUACAUCACCAUUCUGAGGAAAAUCUUGCCAUUUACUAUAAAGUCUUAGGAAGAAAAUGCAUGAAUCACCCUCAGACAAGCUGAAAGAGUAACUUGGCAUCAUAUAACUUGAUGGUAGAUGGACUUGCCUUGCAGGAGAUAACGUGUGUGUGUGUGUGUGUGUGUGUGUGUGUGUGUGUGUGUGUGUGUGUGUGCGUGUGCGUGUGUGUGUUGGAGUGAAUGUUUGUGAUGAACAUUCCAUUGUCUAGAGCAGUAUUUGACCGAGAAACUCAGUAUUAGAUUACUUUAGCUGUAUUCAAGAUGUUCUUGACUUUGUCAAGAAGAAACUUGAUGAAGGCAUUGAUAGUAACACAGUUAUUGGUAUACUCACUGAGCUUACUCAUUACGAGCUGUUUUCUCUUGGGAACAAUGAAAUACUCUUUCAUAUACACAUGCAAAGGUUUCUUUUGUGGAUGUUGAGCAGGCCUUGUCAAACGUGAGUUGUGGAGGUGCUCUUUCCUCUGCGGUAGCAAAACACAUCACAUUACGCUUUCAUCGCCAAAAUCCUGCAUUUUUAAACCAUGCAGAAUAUGUUGCAUAUGAUAUAAUAUAUACAUUUAUAUUUUUAGGUUAAUCAUACUAACUGGCAAAGUGUUCAUUAUUUAUUUUGUCAUAUUAGGAUUAAUUGAAUGUUCCAGCUACUUAAUUCAGUAGGAACACUUUCCAGUGGCAUAAACUACUACAUUAGAGUCUGUGUCUUAUGUAUAAGUGCUGGAAUAACUUGAGGUUAGAUCAAGCUAGUCUGCUCUAGAAAUAGGUGAUCCACUUACUGGAUGUACAGUUCAUAACCAAAAUUUUAGGCACUAGUGAGGGCUCAGUUGUGUACAUACUGUUUAGCCAGAGUGUAAGGCAGGUGCUCUUAGAUCACAAACUGGUAAGGCCAGGCAGUAUCUCAGGACAGAAGACUUUACCCUGCCAGCAAGGUUGAUAGAACAAUCUUGUGGUGUAGGCAAACCUUAUAGGGAGCCAAGUAGGUUAGACAGGAAAGAAUUAUUGGACAUCUUUCCGAGAUCAUUGUUGCCUUGGUGUGUAGCUGGUCUAUAUCUGAGGCAAUACAGAAUCCAAGUGGAUGACUCGUAACAUUGCUCUGUAGAAAGAUGUAGAACCUGUUUAUAUUGACUUGUGAAUAUAUGUACAUUGAAAUGUGUAUUUAUUACUGAUGUGUAUAUAGCAAAUUGUGUCUGUGCAAAUGUCCACUCAGUUGUUACGUGAGGGACAGGGAACAUAUUUUUUGUGUCUGAAUGUUAUGCCUGUCUUUGUGUCUUCCAGGCUGUUCAGAAGAAUGGAAUUGAGGAAAGAGCUGUUGGUUGAGGGAGGAGAGGUAUUUACCUCCUCCAUGUUAAGAAGUCAGCCAUUUGGUUGUGGUUGGCAUGUUGUGGUCUAGUCAACCACUUGGUUGUAGUUGGCAUGUUAUGGUCUAGUCAGCUCUCAGACUUUUCAUGUUCACGAAGAAACAAGAAAUAUUUGAAUCUUGCUAGUUUUGUGAGAAAAUGUUUGAAUGUCAUAUUUGCUCACUUGUGAGAUGGAACAGUAUUUAGAACAUGCAAGAAAUAAGGAGAAACAUUUGAAUCUUGCAAGUUUUAUAGGAUAAUGUUUGGAUGUCUUACAUUUUGUCAUAUGAGACACAACAGUAUUUGGAACAUGCAAGUAUUCAGAGCACCUUUCUCUCAUGCACCAAAGUAGGCUUUGUAACACAAGUACACACAGAAAUUUUCUCUCAGCUAGAAGUAUUGGGAUGAAUCCCUUGAGUAGUAAAAAGAAAAAAUGCUGCAUAAGAUUUCUAAUGUCAAAGUUACUGUAGACAAUAAUACUAUCAACUUGUAUGCUAAAAACUAGUCAAGAGAAGCAUGUACUACCAUUUACCAUGACCCUCAUUAUUUAUGUAUACUGCCAUCUGCCUGAGCAAAAUGCCAAAUAUAACUUUUUCAGCAAAGAGCAAAGAAAUUUUGACAGAAAAUGUAUGAAGUGUGGCAAGCCUUGGUGAAAAGCAACAAAUGAAGCAGAGUAAGAUAGAGCUGUGUGAGCACCAAUCCUCUGUGCAUGGAUUGUUGGGUGGCUUGAGAGUAUGUUUUCUUUUGUCAGUGAAGUUCAAAGUGAUAUGAUAUACUAUAAUGACAUUGACUUUGCUCAGUGUCACAGAUUCUUGCACAAUAAUUUUGCCUCUUAAGGUCACAUGAACAUGGUAACACCAUCACUCUGUGAUGCUCUCACUGACUUUCCUAUGUAUUUGUGUAAUUUUCUAAGUUGUGUGACAAAUUGAAGUUUUAUUCCCAUCAAAAACUGCUUAUUUAUUUGCAUACAUAUAUGUGCAUAAUUUUAUAAAUAAAGGUUUUUAUAGAAAUACAAAGUCACUUGCUGGAUCUUUUAAAGAUACAACUCGAAUUUGUAGAGCAGUCACCAAGUGAAAGUAUUACCUAUUGACAAUGCUGUUCGUAUCCUUUGUGUGUCCUCAGGUAGCAAAAUAACCAAGCCAGACUCAGUGACAAUGAAAAUCAUUUAUAUUAAUUAAUUUCUCAUUUAAUAUCAUAGUUAAAUUGAAAACUAUAUGUUCCUAUUAACAUUUCAUGAGUGAGUUGGAUUUGAGAAGACUGAGGCAUAUGUUGUGGAAGUUUUGGGAAUGUAUACAGGAUCAGGCUGUGAAGGGCCUGAAUGUGUUACAGUUGGUGCAUUGAAAACAACGAAUCUGUUUAUGAAGCUCAAAUGUCAAGUUCACAUUUAUUCUACUUAACUGGCUUACAUAUCUAGUUAUUAUGCCUUGUACAGUUGUUUACAUGCUGUGCUGUAAUUCAGAGGCUUGUGUGUUCUCUGCAUGGUGAAGAAAAUUUGUGAAUGUGUUCUGCAAUUUAUUUUAUAGUUUUCAUAUGAAUUUUGAAUAAAUUUCUUCACUUUUGCUAAAAUAUGAAAUGCCUGUGAUAGUUUCUUUCCAGUGAUAUUAAUACUUAAUGCCUUGCCAGAAUUAGGAAUAGUUAGAGACUCUGCUGACAGGACUUCUUGUGACUGUGUUGUUGCUAGCACUCUCUAUAUCUGCUAUAUGGCUGCUGAGGGCAGGAAAAGAUCAGAGAUUAGCUGUGUUAGUGAAAUGCAUUAGUCAUCAGAAAUGUAACUUGUUGAUUGCAAAUGGUAUAAACAAAUAUUAAUGUUUGUAAGUGCCAGAAGCAAGACACAUUGCAUUGAACUGUAAUUAGGAAGUCACCUGGAAAAGCUUUGAAGUGUACACAUGUACUUAAAAAUAUUAAUUUAAUUCAUAAUUUAAAGUAUAUUUAGUCAGGGACAUGAUGGGCAUCAAUCAGUCAGAAACUCAAGAAAUGGUAGUAUGUGUAAGAUCAGUGUUCUUUCCUUGCACAAUAGUGUUUGUAUAAAGACAAGAUGGGGAGGAGGUACUUGUGACACCUAAGGAUUGAAUUAUUGACAUUAUUGGAUUGAACCUUAUUUUGUGACCAAGUGGCAACCCAUUUAAAAGUUACCAGUGUGCAGCAUCCACAGCAGUCCACCAAGCUUGCACUUAAGUGUAUGUGUGAGUGUGUGCUGUUAUUGUUGUAGUUGUUGUUGCAUGUGAAUAGGGUUGCCAUUAAAAUGAUACUAUGUACCACAUUGCAUUUAAGUCUGCUACUUAACUGCGUUUGUGAUCACUGGGAAGCUACUGUACAUGGUAUAAGAGAAUUAUUUUGUAAGAGGAACAACUAAGCCAUUAUACUGGAAAGUUUA